AUGACGUCUACCCUGGCCGUUCCGUAUUCCUGCUUGAUCCCCUCGAUUGAUCGUAGAGUUGAUCGUUUCGGCCCAAAUCUUGUCUCGACCCAUGUUGUGAUCGCCAUUGAUCGCAAGACUUACUUGGUUCGAAUGGCCGACUGGAAUCGAUGUCUUGGCUUUAAGUCUGAGGCUUUUUCUUCAAGGCGGCAAAUCACAGGUGAGACGGUCGUUCUCUGCUCUCUCUGCAGUCUCUCUGCCGUAGUCUGUCCUCGGUUUCUCCACCGUCUCUAUCUCUCUGCCGUAGUGUCUCGGCGUUCCGUUUUUAUGGACCCUGCGCAAAGGCUGGGGACCACCCAGCAUUAUGUGCUCUGGGAAUGCCCGCGUUCUCCAAUCAACAAGUUAGGGCUUUCCCUGCAAAUGUCUAAAUAUGGUGGAGCCCCUCCUCCCUCCUUGGGAUUUUACCUGAGACUUCUCCUUCUUCUGGUCACAUGA